UCCCUCAGACAUUGACUCUUGGGGAUCUCUCGAACAAGACUUCCCUGACUUCCAGAGACACUUUUGGACCUUUUUCCUUUUUUGGUUUGGGACGACUUAGCAAGAAGACAUGGUGUCUGCCGGCUUUCAGAUGAUGGGCACUGCCCUGUGCAUUAUUGGCUGGAUCGGUGCCAUCGUAGUCUGCGCCCUCCCCAUGUGGAAGGUGACAGCAUUCAUCGGCCAGAGCAUCGUCACCGCUCAAACCACCUGGGAGGGCAUCUGGAUGACCUGCGUGGUCCAGAGCACGGGCCAGAUGCAGUGCAAGGUCUACGACUCCAUGCUGGCCCUCACCUCGGACCUCCAGGCCGCCCGCGCCCUCAUCAUCAUCUCCAUCCUGCUCGGCAUCGUAGGCAUCCUUCUCGCCAUUGCCGGGGGAAAGUGCACCAACUGUGUGGAAGACGAGGUGUCCAAAGCCAAAAUCGGCGUGGCGUCCGGUGUGAUCUUCAUCCUCACCGGCAUUCUGUGCCUCAUCCCUGUGUGCUGGACGGCAAACACCAUCAUUAACAACUUCUACAACCCAUUGCAGAUGAGCUCUCAGAAAAGGGAGCUCGGAGCUGCGCUCUUCAUCGGCUGGGGGGCCUCAGGCCUCCUCAUCCUGGGUGGAGCCCUCCUCUGUGCCAACUGCCCUCCCAAGGAUAACUACUCCGCCAAGUACGCUGCUCCCCGUCCAAAUGCGCCCAAGGACUUUGUCUGAGGGAGUAAAGAGCCAAAGAGA